AUGAUGUCCCCCAGAAUCGCCAUCAUCGGCGCCGGCCCCGCAGGCCUGACUCUCGGCGCCCUCCUGCACAAACACACCAUCCCAUUCACCAUCUUCGAGCUACGCCAGAAACCCACAGCCGAAGAAGUAGCAAAACCAUCCGGCAUGCUCGAUCUCCACGAAGGCUCCGGCCUCGCCGCCAUCCGCGAAUGCGGGUUAUACGACGACUUCCUCAAGCACACGGGGGACUGCGCCGAGACGCAAAUUGUCGCUGAUAAAGACGGGAACAUUCUCUACAGCGAUGAGGAUGACAGCAAUAACCGACCGAGUGAUCGGCCAGAGAUCGCCCGACAUGCACUGUUGGCUAUUCUCAGCAGCAAAGUACCUGAAGCCUCCAUCAAAUGGGGCCACAAGCUCCUCUCCGCAAGGCCUACCGGCGUCAGCACAGAAACAGAGCUGGAUUUUGGCCAUCAAGGAAAACAUACAUUCGACCUCGUCAUCGGCGCAGACGGCGCGUGGUCAGCGGUCCGCGCUCUCCUAACGGAUAUCAGACCGCAGUACGCCGGAACCCAAAAUAUCACCCUGACCAUCGAGAAUAUCAGCACGCGGUACCCGCACCUCGCAGCGCUGAUUGGGCGAGGGAGCUUCUUGUCGCUUGGGCUGCGGCAUGGGGUGAUUACGCAUCGGGGCCCGCGCGAUUCAGCGCGUGUGUAUGUCUUCCUCACGGCGGAUGAGAUGUUUGGAGGUGAGGGGGUGCGAGUGGCUACUGUAACGAAGGAGGAGCUGCUGAGUGACGAUGCGCACCUGGGGAGGUUUGGAGACUCUGUAAAGGAGUUGGUUGCUGCUGGUGUUGCAUGCGAUGAGAGCGUGGAGCGGCCUGGUGGGGUCGUUGAUGUCAAACCGCUGUAUAUGCUGCCUAUUGGCUCUACGUGGGAGCAUAAAACUGGCGUGACGAUUGUAGGGGACGCGGCGCAUCUGAUGUGUCCGUGGGCUGGGGAGGGGGUCAACCUUGCGAUGUGUGAUGCGCUGUUCCUCGCGAAGGUUAUUGUCGAGGCGUGGGAGGAUGGACAGGAUGUUAGCCAAUUUCAGGCUGCGCUGGAUCCGUUACUGAGGCAGUUUGAAGAAGAUAUGGUGGCGCGUGCAAAGGAAAAGGCGGAGGAGACGGUUGGCAAUGGGCAGAUGAUGUUUGGGGAGAAUGGAGCAAAUGGUAUGGCUGAGUUCUUUUUGAGCAUGGGACAGGGACAGUGA